GCUAUGUUGCCUGUCUUGGUAAUUAACGGAGACCUAGGGGACGGGCACGUUGAAGAGAGCAGAUAGCGGCGAGCAGAUAAAGGAUCGCUUUACUGCGCCCUUCGGAAUCCUCUUGCAUUGCCAGAUUUUCCCAUUUCUGAGGGAAAGCAUCCAGUGUCCGUUUGGCAGUAGACACCUGGAUCUGUCAACGGUCUCUAGCCGCUCGGACCUCGACUCGGGUACGGAUGCCUUCGUUCUGAUACAAGAAGUGCUACGCCUCAGGGUCGGUUCUUCUUUUCAUCAUGGCAUCUGCUAAGCCCGUAACUGUCGUCGUGAUCGGUGGUUCCAAUGCGGGGGUCGCUGUGAGCCAUGGUCUUCUCAGACAAGUGCCUGGAGUCAAGGUCAUCCUCAUCAACCCGUCCGAGACAUACUAUUACAAUGUUGCGGCGCCGAGAGUGGUUGCGAAACCGAAAGCCUUCUCGCCAGAGCAGUAUAUCUUCUCCAUACUCGAGGCUUUUGAGCGGUACCCAGCCGCUUCGUUCCAAUUCGUGAUGGGAAAGGCGACAAAAUUCGAACCCGGUGCAAAGACGGUCACAGUUGACAGCCGCGGAGAGUUUUCUACCAUUGCUUAUGACUAUCUAGUCAUCGCGUCAGGCAGCACUUCUCUGGCAACUCGUGGAGAAGGAAGUACGAAGAUUCCCUUCAAGAUCACGGAAGGAGAAGAUCUUCAGGCCGCCAUUGCAGAGGCGCAGAAGACCUUGGCGGCUGCUCGCAGUAUAAUCAUUGGAGGAGGGGGCCCUGUGGGAGUCGAGCUUGCCGGCGAGCUGGUGGACGUUUUCUCCGAUCGGAAAGAUAUCACACUCGUGACCGCCAGUCGACAGAUGUUGCCAUCCCUGAAGGCAGGGACAGGAUCGGCAGCCCUCAAGCUCCUGAAGGCGCGGGGCGUUCGUGUCCUAUCUUCGCGCAGCGUGGAGAAAGCAACGCAGCAUCCCGUCUCAAAAGAAUGGACGGUGACGUUGGAUGGGGGUGAGAAGAUUUCGGCCGACGAAUAUGUAUCGGCCACAGGAGUGCUUCCGAAUAACGAAUUCAUCCCGUCGUCGUUCCUCAAUGAGGAUGGUUGGGUUAAGGUCGACAACGAGUUCCGUGCCCUCGCGGCCGUGAUAGAUGGUCGCAAAACAUACGUCUAUGCGGUCGGGGAUAUCACACAACACCCGCUUCGUACCCUCUCGCGAAUUCCAGACCAGAUUACCGUGGUGGUGAACAACUUGAAGGUUGAGAUCACAGGCAGAGGAAAGCGAAUGACUUACAAGCCCAGCGAGAAACCAUCAAUGCUGGUACCUGUCGGGCGAUCUUCGGGGACGGGACAGUUAGGGGGAUGGACUCCGUGGAGUUGGAUGGUGGUGCUCUUCAAGAGCAAGGACUUUUUUAUCUCGAAAGCGCCUACAUAUAUUAAUUAAGAUGGAAAUGCGGCAUGUCCGGCUUUGGGAUGAUUGGUGUCAUGACGAUGUUAUAGAAUGGACCUGGCGAUUGCGGCAGAACGAUGCUUAUGGAUUGAACCUCAAUGACUGGGUGGUACUGUUUUUAAAAGAUUCCCUACGAUGAUUUGGUCCUUGCUUUUCUAACCCAGAAUCAGCAUAUAUGUAAUGUAUGAUACCCGACAGAGCUGGAUAUUAUUAGAGAUUAAACCCUACUAGUUUGCUAAUCCUAGAGUAUUG